GCUUAAAAAAUUUCUGAAGUACCUAGCAAAGAAAACUCAUUGAACUUCCCAACUUCUUGCCUCUGAAUACUCUGCACCUGCUACCUCCUCCUCGUUGACAAUGCUGCGUGACUUCGAGCCUUCCAAAUUACAAACUUAACAUCCCUCUCGCCAAUCUUUGUUUGUUAUCAGAAGCUAUUUUAUCAGACCGCCUUGGGGCAUCUGAUCGACGAUCAACACCUCGAAUUCUUUCCACGAAAGAAAAUCCAGAGUACUUCGACAAGGCUCGUACGAGCUUUACAUUGUUGUGGAAACUCAAUUGAGUGAUUUCUCUUUCAAUUGAAGUCUCUUCCACACAAUGGCCAUCUCAACUCGCAUUGCAGGGAGAACAUGCUCCUCCCUCCUUCGCCAGGCCAGAGCACCUGCAAGCAGGAGUUUCACCACCAGAGCCUCUUCUCAAUGCCUCUACGCUAGAAGCCCAGUCCAGGCUGCGAAGAAUGCCAGAUCGAUCCGCCUUUUCUCGAGCUCCAUCGUCUCACGAAACCAGUCACAGACUGCACCAAACGCGAAAGCAUACCUAGAGAGUGGAGUCAUAAAGGGAGCAGCGAAUCCCGUUGAUGUGAAGAAAGUUUUGGUCAUUGGAUCUGGCGGUUUGAGCAUUGGACAAGCAGGAGAGUUUGAUUAUUCAGGUUCUCAAGCAUUGAAAGCUCUCAAGGAAGCUGGAGUAUCAUCCGUGCUCAUCAAUCCUAACAUUGCUACCAUCCAAACUUCUCAUGUCCUCACAGACGAAGUAUACUACCUGCCAGUCACUCCGGAAUACGUUACAUAUGUCAUCGAGAGGGAGAGACCAGAUGGUAUCUUCCUCACGUUUGGUGGUCAGACCGCCCUUAAUCUUGGUGUACAAAUGGAGCGUAUGGGCAUAUUCGAGAGGUAUGGUGUUAAGGUCCUCGGUACUAGCAUCAAGACACUUGAGACUAGUGAAGACCGAGAUCUCUUCGCAAAGGCUCUUGGAGAGAUCAACAUCCCAAUUGCUAAGUCGAUUGCAGUUGGCACCGUAGACGAUGCAUUGGAAGCUGCCAAAGGAAUUGGCUACCCAAUUAUUGUCAGAGCCGCCUAUGCUCUUGGUGGUCUUGGCUCGGGCUUUGCAAACAAUGAAGAAGAACUUCGAAACAUGGCUGCAAGAUCCCUUACUCUGUCUCCCCAGAUCUUGGUUGAGAAAUCUCUCAAGGGAUGGAAAGAAGUCGAGUAUGAGGUUGUUCGAGAUGCGAGUAACAAUUGCAUCACGGUUUGUAACAUGGAAAACUUCGACCCUCUCGGCAUUCACACCGGUGACUCUAUUGUCGUGGCACCAAGUCAGACUUUGAGUGAUGAGGAAUAUCACAUGCUCCGUUCUGCUGCUAUCAAAAUCGUCAGACACUUAGGUGUAGUUGGCGAGUGUAACGUUCAAUAUGCGUUGCAGCCAGAUGGACUUGACUACCGUGUCAUCGAAGUCAACGCUCGUCUCUCCCGGUCAUCUGCUCUUGCUUCCAAGGCUACUGGAUACCCCCUCGCUUACACUGCUGCGAAAAUCGGACUUGGUCAUACUCUACCAGAAUUACCAAAUGCCGUCACCAAGACUACUACCGCCAACUUCGAACCUUCUCUGGACUAUGUAGUUACAAAGAUUCCUCGUUGGGAUUUGGCCAAGUUCCAGCACGUGAAGCGUGAUAUUGGAAGUGCUAUGAAGUCUGUAGGAGAAGUCAUGGCUAUCGGUAGGACAUUUGAAGAGUCUAUUCAAAAAGCCAUUCGCCAAGUCGACCCUCGCUUCAUCGGUCUCCAAGGCGAUAAGUUUGAGGAUCUGGACUACGAGUUGGCAAAUCCAACAGAUCGUCGAUGGUUGGCAGUCGGUCAAGCUAUGCUUCAUGAAGGCUAUACCGUUGAUCGCGUUCACGAGUUGAGCAAGAUUGACAAGUGGUUUUUGUACAAGCUACAAAACAUUGUCGAUUGUACCCAUGAGCUCGAGGACAUCGGAAGUCUCUAUGGCAUUAAGAAGGAAAUCAUGCAAAAAGCAAAGAAGAUGGGAUUCAGUGAUCGCCAGAUUGCAAAAGCAGUUGGUAGCACUGAGGACGAGGUUAGAGCUCGCAGAAAGAAUUUUGGCAUCACGCCAUUUGUCAAGAGAAUCGAUACUCUUGCUGCAGAGUUCCCUGCUAGUACAAAUUAUUUGUACACAACUUAUAAUGCUACAAGCCAUGACGUUGAAUUCAAUGAUAGAGGAAUCAUCGUGUUAGGAAGCGGAGUCUAUAGGAUCGGCUCUUCAGUGGAGUUCGACUGGUGCGCGAGCAGUUCAGUGCUUGCUCUCAGAGACAUGGGGAAGAAGACCGUAAUGAUUAACUACAACCCCGAGACAUACUCCACAGACUUCGACACGGCAGAUAGGCUCUUCUUCGAGGAGUUAAGCUACGAGCGUGUUCUGGACAUCUAUGAACUCGAAAGUGCUUCCGGCGUUGUCGUCUCCGUCGGCGGUCAACUUCCCCAAAACAUCGCCCUCCGCCUCCAAGAAACCGGCCAUUGCAAGGUUCUCGGUACUGACCCUAAAGACAUUGACAAGGCCGAGGACAGACAAAAGUUCUCUGCCAUUCUCGACAGUAUUGGGGUUGAUCAGCCCGCCUGGAAUGAGCUCACUUCAGUCGCUGAUGCCGAAGCCUUUGCCGAUGAAGUUGGCUACCCCGUCCUCGUUCGACCUUCCUAUGUUCUGUCCGGCGCUGCCAUGACUGUCAUUCGCAGCAAGGAUGACCUUAAAGACAAACUUGAGGCUGCCAGCAACGUUUCACCAGACCACCCAGUUGUCAUCACCAAAUUCAUUGAAGGAGCUCAAGAAAUUGAUGUUGACGCCGUCGCCUCAAAGGGUCAAUUAAUUAUUCAUGCUGUCAGUGAACACGUGGAGCAAGCCGGUGUCCACUCUGGUGAUGCUACCCUUGUUCUCCCCCCUGCUUCUCUAGAUCAAUCCACCAUGGACCGUGUCAAAGAAAUUGCCGUCAAGGUCGCCAAGGCUUGGAGCAUCACUGGCCCAUUUAACAUGCAAAUUAUCAAAGCUGAUGAUCCCGAGGGAGGUCUUCCUCACUUGAAGGUCAUCGAGUGUAACUUGCGUGCCUCUCGUUCUUUCCCCUUCGUCAGCAAAGUCCUUGGCCUUAACUUCAUCGAUGUCGCCACCAAAGCUCUCGUUGGGACCGAUGUUCCCGAACCAACUGAUCUCAUGGCUGUCAAGCGUGACUAUCUCGCGACCAAAGUUCCUCAAUUCUCCUGGACUCGUCUCGCAGGCGCUGACCCCUUCUUGGGUGUCGAAAUGGCCAGCACUGGUGAAAUUGCCUGCUUCGGAAAGGAUCUUGUGGAAGCUUACUGGGCAUCCCUGCAAGCAACUAUGAACUUCCGCAUGCCUGAGCCCGGUGAGGGUCUCCUCUUUGGUGGAGAUGUAACCAAGCCUGUCCUCGCUGCUAUUGUUGAUUACCUCUCCCCUCUUGGGUACAAGCUCUAUGCUGCCGAGAAGGAAGUCAAGGAAUUCCUCGAAUUAACUGCUAAGAACAAUGUCUCUGUUGAGGUCAUCGAGUUUCCUACGGCAGACAAGAGAGCAUUGAGAGAAGUAUUCCAGAAGUACGAUAUCCGCGGAGUUUUCAACCUUGCCCAAGCUAGAGGAAAGACUGUCUUGGACGUUGACUAUGUGAUGCGUCGUAACGCAGUUGACUUCGGUGUCCCACUCUUCAUGGAGCCAAAGACCGCUGAACUGUUCGCCCGUUGCAUGAGCGAAAAGCUCCCACGAAAGGAGGGUGUCCCAGGGGAAGUCCGCAGAUGGUCUGACUUUAUCGGUGGCAAGCCUUUGUAGAUAGCCAUAAUCCGACUUGCUAUCUCCUCCUUGGCGUUCUUCUUGGCGGAAAGGAAAAAUUGAAAAAUUGACUUCAGCGGUGCGAAGCAUGAGAUACACAAAAGCUUUUAGAUGUUCAUAGCAAUGGAAUUACAACUGCU